AACGGCCGCCUGCGAGCCUCGAGAUUGUACACGUGAAAAUUAAACCGAUCAUUCGACGACGACUGUUUGCAACUUCGGAAAUUUUUGUGCGAAAAAAAAAAUAAAUAAAAUAUUUGAGAUUGUUUGCAAAGGGCAAUUACUUGCCUUGAACUUGAGAUUUUUCAACAACAACGUGACAUUUUUAAAUUAAUUUUGUGAAUUUUCUUUUUACAAAUAAAGUUUUCAUUAUUAAAUAUUAAUGAAGCUUAUGUUAAAAAGCAUAUAGCAGAUUUGUGCACUUUUGAAGAAGUGGAAAUUAUUUGGGGGAUUAAUAAAAAAAAAUCUCGUCAUGAAGACAUUAUGCAGUUUGAUGGUAAUUUUGAUCCUUCGACAAGUCAUCGCCGGAAUCAUUAGGAAGCCGCCGGCAUUUUCAACACCAAUAUACUCGAAUUCGUAUCUCCCUGCCGCCAUGCAGGUAAUUUUUCACACGGUUGAACAAUUGAAAUUACUCCAAACGGAAGAAUCAUCGCAAGAGUCGUCAGUAACUAAUCCAUCGACAACUCAAUCAAUGAUGUAUCAACAAUCACAAUCGACGAUACCUGUGGAGAUUUCCAUGAUCACAACUGCUACAACCACCAAAGUGUACGAUGAGAAAAUAGAAACUCCCGAAAUAUUAGUCUCGAUUCCGGUGAAUCAGAGUCAAGGAUCAUCCGAGAUUUACGGUAAUCUUACAGAAGCCAUUCAACACGCGGAAACUUCGAUUUCAAGUGGUUUGGUUAACCAUGAAGAGUCACCUGAAGUAAACGAAGAGAUGGCCGAAAUGAACUAUGAAUCACCGGCUACACCGGAAACGAAUCACGAAUUACCGGAGUCGGUGCAGGAGACCCAAGAAUCGAAUCAGGAGCUCCCAGAGAAGAGUGAAGAAUUCUUGCAGCACGAUGAGGUAUCGCAACAACAAUCGACACAAAUUUCUAUCACAAAAGCUAUGGAUGGCCAGAAGAAGAAAGAACCGACCGUUGAUAGCGUUGUGGACGAAAUUUAUGGAAUCGUAAAAACGAGCACUUCCCCGUUCAGCGAGGAAUCGGAGGAUAUUACCGGCGAAUCGAAAAGUGCGACGGGAAUUUCAAUCGAGAAGAUGGAGACCAUUGAGGAUGAAGAAGAAGAAACGAGAUUCACUUUAUUGGGCGAGAAAGUGUCUCAAGUACCGCGGCCAAGUUUGAACAGCUACUUAAAACGUGCUAAAGUGCCAGUUAGGCCGGCUCUUCAACAACUGGCGAAUCUGUACGAUGCUCUCAGCAAGGACGCGCGAAAGCAAGGAUUAGCGCGUUUUGCCGGUUAUUCCGACGAAAUUCUGAAGAGCUUACAUUCAUCAGCCGAGGGUGGUGUUGGAUCACAGCUGAAGCAGCUGCUAGAAAAAGUAAUAGAGCGGAACGAGCUCACUAGAGACGACGCAAAGAUAAAAACAUUGCAAGCGCUGCAUGAUCUCGAUGAUCCUGCCAGCGCGCUCAACAAGGACUUAAGACGCCUGUUACCUUUACGUUAUAUGCCCUGAUUCCCCUCGACACAAGUAAUUCUUGUAAUCUUUGAGAAACAGAUAUACAAACUAUUUUCUUGCAACGUAAUUUAUUUUGUUAAUAAAUAAUUAAGAAAUAAUUCUUAUAUUUCUUUACAUUCUUAUAUAAUAUUAAAAGUAUUAAUAUAAAAAUUAUGUAAUAAUGCAUCUUCGAAAGCACUUGCAUAUAUAAUAUGAUUUAUUGAGAAUUAUUUUAAAAAUCAUAAUUAUUCUAUAUAUAAAUUAUUUUAUAAAACAAUGACUGGGUAUUUCUUGAGAUAUAAAUUUUAAUAAAAACAUAAAUUGUUGGAAAUUUA